AGGCAGACAGAGCUGAUCAAUGAGCCCAGCCUAGUCCCUGGAGAGCAGACAGAGCCAUCAGAGGAGAAGACAACGGCACCACGAUGGAGCUGGCUCUUCUGCUGUGGAUGGUUUUGACCCUAACAGAGAGCGCAUCAGCGGAGGCAGAGCAGUACAGCCGAGCGGUGGAUUGGUUGAGCCGGUAUGGUUACCUUCCUCCUCAAGACCCCCGCACGAGUCAACUGCAGACCAAGGAGGGGAUUGAGAAAGCCAUCAGGGUCAUGCAGAGAUUUGGAGGAGUCCAGGAAACCGGGGUGCUCGACAGCGCAACCCUCAAACUCAUUUCCACGCCACGGUGCUCUCUCCCUGACAUUGUGGGGAGUGAGGACAUGCUGAGGAAGAGGAGGAGGAGGAGGAAAAGAUAUGCCCUGUCAGGCCUCAAGUGGCAGAAGACAGACCUCACGUGGAGUAUCCACAGCUUCCCAUCGAGGUCUAACUCACCCGGCCUGGCUAAUGAUAUGGUGGAGAACCUCCUCUUUCACGCCUUCAAAGCCUGGAGUGACGCGGCCCCCUUGAGUUUCCGUAAGCUGCCGAGUGUCAGCGGAGGGACCGCAGCUGAAGGGGACAUCAAAGUGUCUUUUGCCCGUUUGCUGCACGACGACGGGUACCCGUUUGACGGGAAGGGUGGCACCCUGGCCCACGCCUUCUUUCCUGGCAGGGACAAAGUGGCGGGGGACACACACUUUGAUGAUGAUGAGAUCUGGAGCUACGGAGGCGAAGGCGAGAGCACAGACUUGUUCACAGUCGCGGUGCAUGAGUUUGGUCACGCUCUGGGCCUUUCCCAUUCCUCCACCGACCCAUCCAUCAUGAGGCCAUAUUACCAGGGUGCUGUGGAGGAUGUUGCCAACUUCAAGCUGGAGCUGGACGACAGGCUGGCUAUCCAGCAGCUCUACGGUGUGAAGGACGGUGGGCCACCAGGGGGAGUUGACCCUGACCCCCCACGCCUGCCCAGUCCACCGCCUCCAAAACCAACCCGACCUUCUGAGCCCUCCUUCCGCGAGCGCUGCCAGGGAGGAUUUGAUGCAGUGGCAAAUAUCAGGGGAGAGGUCUUCUUUUUUAAAGGUGCACACUUCUGGAGAACUAAGCGAGACGGGUCCUUGGUGUCGCUCAAUCCGGCUCAGAUCAAAAACUUCUGGAUCGGGCUCCCGCCGGGAACGAAUAAGGUUGACGCAGUGUAUGAGAGGAAAAGCGACAGCAGGAUCAUCUUCUUUAUAGGAUCUCAGUAUUGGGUCUUCAAGGACACGAAUGCCAUGAGCGGUUACCCUCGGCCCCUGUCCGAUUGGGGCAUGAAGACCAAGAGCGGAGCAAUGGUGGACAGGGUGGAUGCAGCCUUUAUCUGGGCUCACAAUGGCAAGACCUACCUGUUUAGCCGAGGGGAGUUUUGGAGGUUUGACGAGAGCCGUAGAGGUGAACAGGUGAAUCCGGAUCCUGGCUACCCAAAGGAGACCAGCCUCUGGGAAGGAGUGCCCUCUGAUAUAGAUGAUAUCAUCACCUGGGGAGAAGGAGAUGCCUACUUCUUUAAGGACAACCUCUACUGGGUCUUAAAGAAUGGAGGACUGAACCAAGAUGUCGUCUCUUCUAAAUCCAUCGCUGUCGACUGGCUUAGAUGUCCUGCUCCACCUGCGACCGCCGCUCCUCGAUUCCCAAAGGAGUGCAAGUGCGACUUAAGGGGAUCAUCUUCAAUACUUAGAAGCAGCUGGAUCCUCCUGAUUUCUGUUUCAUUGGUAAUUAAUGAGUUUCUUAGAAAAUAGAAAUGUGAUUUUGGAUUUCUUUCUUUUUUAAAGUGCUGAGGAAGGCCACAUAGGCCAUUUUUAUACCACCCCUCAUUACACUGGAGAUAAUACAUAAAUUAUGGGAUGGAUGUUUUUGUUUGCUCCGAACCUGAUUGGUUUGUUCUUGGCUGAUUUGAGUGCAAGUUUGUAUUUAUUCUGAUUGUCUUGUUUUUGUUUUGUCUGAAUAUGUGAUUUUUUAUUCGAGUGAAAUUGAACACCGGCGGCUGAUAGUUGAGGUCUUAUAUUAAAUGACAAAGUUUAUCGAUAGAGCAAAAAAAUGGGAGUAGGACUAGAACAGUUUUGAUCUUUUUCCUACUCCAUUCGUGCAUUGAUUGCCUUAUUUGAAUUAUUCAAUGGCAUUUUUAUAUGAAUGCUGUUUCUUCUUUUUUACAUGCUCUUAUAUUUUUCUUUUGAGUUCUUUUACAUGUUAAAAAAAGAAAUAACUCAAAAUAAUAUUAUGCAAUAUUUGGGGCUCUUCACAUUAUAACAUACUCUCAGUACAUUACAACCCACAAGCUGGUUUCAAACCACAAACUAGCAAUAAAGGAAGCUUGUCCUGUUUGCCUUUACAACAGAUUGCUGCUCAAGUAUUGGAUAACAUGAAGCCUACAUAGGAGAAUGUAUGGAAAUUCAACAGUAUGCAGACAACUUUUUUCGCAUUUGGUUAUAUGUUUACUGCCCAUAAAAGAAAUAUGAGUAAAAUGUAUUGAUAAAUCGUAUUAUACAUAUUCAAGCUGUAUUUUUUAUAUGUAUGUUUUUCUCAGGUCAGAACAGAUGUGGUUAUAAACUGUGUCCAGUUUGUUGUACUGUGGCUGCUGGUCUAUGCAAGAAGUCAAUUUGUCGCUGUUAAAGUAUUAUCAAUAAAAAUAUCAUCAUUAAAA